CGAGGGUGGAGUCGCCGAGCCCAGAACCGGAAACUUAGAGACAAAGUUCGGAGCCCCGCCCCCGCCACCCCGCCGAGUUUGGACCCGCCGACCCGCGACCGACGAACAGGCCCCUCGCUUCGCGUGUGCCAUGUCUGGUUCCUCCAGCGUCGCCGCUAUGAAGAAAGUGGUUCAACAGCUCCGGCUGGAGGCCGGCCUCAACCGCGUGAAGGUGUCCCAGGCAGCUGCAGACUUGAAACAGUUUUGUCUGCAGAAUGCUCAACAUGAUCCCCUGCUGACUGGAGUAUCUUCAAGUACAAAUCCCUUCAGACCCCAGAAAGUCUGCUCCUUUCUGUAGUCAAACAAAUCUAUCAGAGGGUUCCUGAACCACUUCUCAUUAACCGGUGAAUAUUCAUUCAAGAGAGCUAAAUUUGAAGCCUGUACAAAAAGCUUCCCUUAACACAUGUGCCAUAAUAUACAAACUUCUACAUUGAUCAGUCCUUAACAUCUACCUCUCUAUUUUCAUAAAUUUCUAUUUCACAACGGUAAUUAUUUUAUAUACACUGGCAGCAGCAAAUAAAAUACUUAAUAUAAAA